GUGAACUAAUUUUUUUUGUAAAGCUUGGCCAAUGAAUGCUUCUGGUCCUGGAUUUGUAUCAACUGAGUUUGCAUAUGGAUCUGGCCAUGUGGAUCCGAUAGCUGCGAUUAAUCCUGGACUCGUUUAUGAAUUGACCAAAGCAGACCACAUCACCUUUCUCUGUGGUUUAAACUACAGUAGUGAUCACAUAAGAAUCAUAUCUGGAGACAACAGCACUUGCACGAAGGAACUUUCCAAGACAUUACCAAGAAACCUCAACUACCCAACAAUGUCGGCUAAAGUGUCUGGAACAGAACCGUUCAACAUAACUUUCCAGAGAACUGUCACUAACGUUGGUAUGAAAAACUCUACAUACAAAGCAAAGGUAGUCACAAGUCCUGGUUCUAAACUCCGCAUCAAAGUUUUGCCACGUAUUUUGUCUAUGAAGUCGACAAACGAGAAGCAGUCUUUCGUGGUGACUGUUUCAGGCCAUAGUAUCGGAACAAAACAACCUCUGUCUGCAAAUCUUAUUUGGUUUGAUGGCACUCAUAAUGUAAGAAGCCCCAUAGUUGUUUAUGCUAUGAGCUAAAUGAGGCAGAUUUAUAGUUGUCAGCAUAUAUCUUAAAUGUAAUAAACAUGGAGAAAUUCUAAAUAGUGUAAGCUACUCUAAAGUUAGAACAUUUAGUUUUUGUUUUUAUAAGCUGAAUUCUAUUGACCAAAUAAAAAAACGUUUCCUGA